AUGUCCAAAUUCCUCAUUGCCGCCUCAAUCAUCGCAGUUGUUUGUGCUGCUCCAACUAUGCCAACAGCUGAAGAAGCUAAAGCUGAACUCAUUGCUGCUGGAGUUUCUUCGGAUGCCGCUGCUGGAAUCGUUGCAAUCGCCGAGAAAUACAAGGUUUUUUUUAUAUUUGUCUUAUUACAGACGUAAAUCUGAUAAUUUUAUUAUUUUAGGAUCAAUUCGAAGCCGCAAAGAGUGACCGCGAAGCAGGAAAAACUGCCUUCGAUGCAUUCCAAACUGAAGUUAAAGCAUAUUUGAAGGAACAAUCCGAAUCUGAUAGAGAUGCUUAUGAAAAAUUUGUUGAGAAGAAGAAGGCUGAUCAUCAAGCCCACCACACAACUCCAAGUACCGCAUAG